AUGGAUUCAAUCUACUUCUGCACGGUCUGCUCAUCGGCAAAAGGCACCUCACUUUACUAUGGAGGACUGGUUUGUGGUGGCUGCAAAGUCUUCUUCUUGCGAACCGUCCGCAACCAAUACGAGUACAAGUGCAAGAAUAAAGGAAAUUGCUCAAUUAAAGAUGGAUUCAUAAAAUGUCGAGCCUGUCGAUUCGCGCUUUGUCUCAAGUCGAAUAUGAAUCCAAGCACUGUCGGGAUUUCUCGAGAGACAAAAUGUUUGACCAAAGACGAACUACCAGAUCUUCUCGAUGAUUUGGAUGCUGAUAGAAAUGAUCAGGCAACUUGCUCCUUCAUGAUCCCAGAAGAUUUCCCUGUAAUAGAAACCGAUGAAAAAUCUACCGUAUCUGCAAAUCACAAUCCUCUAAAAAGAAAUUGGAAAGAUCGUGGAGUUGAGGAAUUCGAUCGGAGAAGAGCUGUCGUUCCAUAUUUGAACAAGAGCUUCAAAAGGAAUACGGAACUAUUAAGCACCUCGUACUUGAUCGGAAAAAGUUUUAUUGAAGAGCUGAAAAAGUCUGGGCUCAGUGCAACGUUGAUGGCGAAACGGCUAAGCCAACUUGAGUCUUUCUGUGAUCUGGAACAUUCGAUGGCUCCAAUCAAUCCAUCAUUUAAUCUCGAUGUCUCGCUUGAAGCGGCGAUUCGAGAUCCACUAGCGCUUUGUACUCGAACACCAAUGGGUUGGGCUCACGGUCGAAUGGUUUGUGACGGAAUGAUGGAUAUCAUCUCGGUGAUCUACACUCGAAUCGCUCUUCAUUACUUGGAUUGGGUCUCAGCGUUGCACGAACUUCAAGAACUCGAUGAAAGAGACAAAUUCUCACUGGUCAGCUCUCAACUUUGUCAAAUUGAGUUGAGCACAAUGGUCUAUAACACGUACAAAGAGGGGAAAGACGGGCUCCUUUUUGCAUCCGGCUUUCAUUUUCUGCCGCCAAAAGGGAAACCAAAAGAUGAAUUUGACGGUUUCAUCCUCGCUUUAUCCGUUUAUAUGCAAACUGAAGUGAUCUCGAAAUUUAAAGAACUUCAAAUCAAUGCCGAAGAGUAUGCGUUGAUGAAAAUCAUUGGCUUUUUUACACCAAUUGUCCUUUUGAGUGAGUCAGGUGCCACAGUCAUUCAGCGAGCUCGAUUAAAGUAUGAACAGCUCUUGCUUGAGUACAUCAAAGAAACCUAUCCGACUUUAUCAGAAGGCGAAAGACAGCGAAGAAUGUACAAGAUUGUGGCGAUCAAUCGAAAUCUAUUGCAUCUUGGCAUCAUGGAUAACUCGUACAUCACGAAAAUGUUCUCGCUUAACAUGGCGAAUCUACAGAAACGAUUUACUUACGAUAUGCAUUUGAAGAAAUAC